AUGGCUUUCCAAACCUACAGCUUGUUUGUUCUGUCUGUCAUCGUGAUUUCUUUUGGACAUAUUGAAAGUAGAUUGAAUCUUCUUCAACUCCAAAAUGAUAUAGACAAACUGAAAGCUGAUUUUAACUCAAGUCAUUCUGAUGUAGCUGAUGGUGGACCUAUUUUUACAGAGAAGCUGUCAAGCUGGACAGAGAGAAAUGAAAAAAGGAUCAUCCUGAGUCAGAUUAUUUCCAUGUACUUGAAAAUGCUUGAAAACACUGACAGGUCAAAGGCUCAUGUUAGGAAUAUAGCUGAGGAGCUCCAUACUCUGAAAGAAAGCCUUUCUGAUGGCUCAAAGAAGAUAGAAGAUCUCAAGGACCUGACAAAACUUCAGAUGGGUGACUUGAAAAUUCAGCGCAAGGCUGUGAAUGAGCUCUUCAGCGUCUUACAAAAACUGGGGGAUACCUCAAGUUCUCACAAAAGAAAAAGAAGCCAGUUUCAGAGGCUCUGCAAAUGCUAA